AUGGUGAACCCUUCCAAACCACGUUCAAGAGUGAGGGGAACAAGGAAGACCACUUCAUAUAUUACAUCACGGAAAAGCCGCAACGCAUCUCGAAGCCAACAGUCACCAAACUCACCAACGGCGUCUCAUCAUGACCCUCCAGGUAUACCGAAUUGGGGAGAAGCACCGUCCCGAUCCGACAUCCACUUGAAACCUGGGAUAGGGCAAGGUUCUAUCCAUAUUUCGGUGUUAUCUCAAAGGGAAAGCACAUCGACAUUUCGAAGUAUCUCAGACAUGGGUCAUCGCAAAUGGCUUGAGUCAUUAGCCGCUUAUCGAAUUUCUGCGACUGGAGAUGUCCUGGAUUCGGAGCCUCCAAUUGUUGACGUCGACAUGUCUUCUGUCUGGGAAGCCUUGAUGAAUGCGUGCAGGAAACCCGCCAUUGAUAAUACAGGUAAGCAGGCGUUUAUACCUCUGGGACAGCUCCUUCAGAUUCUAAGCCCAAGGAAUGUUGAAAGAAUACUCAAUCAAAAGUUCACGGGUGAAGAUUUGAUAAGCCUUGUCAACGAGGUAUAUGGAGCAGAUGGCGAACCAAGGAGACUGAAGAUCAUGGCUACAUUGAUUUUGUUGAAUGGACUUAGUUUUCUACUUGACUUUGUCAGAGCAAAGGUAGAAGAUAGUCAACUACCACUUACUAUUCAGCGACAGGGACAACAGCCUAUCUUAUACGACCGUGAGAAGAAUGAGAUAGAGUCUUCAAGGAAUUGGGCUUGGUCUUAUCCCGACGCGGAAUACUUUACUAUGAAGCAGAUGCAGCUAUGCAGCCUAUUCUGCACUAUCGAUGAAGAAGAGCAAUUCAUGGAUCAUUUUCGACUCCCUGCCGAUUUCGUCAUACCAUUUGUGGAUUCUGAACCCCCUGUAGUUCGGACCGGAGGGUAUGGCAAAGUCACAAAGGUUUUUAUCGAGCCAUCACACUCAUGGUACCGGGUUAGGUACCCAAAGCCAGAGUGUUUCGCUAUCAAGGCUGUUCAGCACAGCUCUAUAGACCACCCGAGUGAAGCAGACUCUCUCGCACGGCGGCUUGUCAUUAAGAAGCUCGCAGACAGAGAACACCUUCAUCAGCUUCUUUUCUCUUUUCGUCGGGCCGACUAUUACUACCUUGUUUUUGAAUGGGCUGAUGGCGAUCUGACUGAUCAUUGGGGAAAAAUGCCAACCUUGUACAGCCCUGAUGUCUAUGAAGACGCGCUUUGGUUCUUUCGCCAAUGCCUCGGUAUUGUGAGGAGCUUGGGUAGCAUACACAAACAGCGCUCGUCUUACACAGCCAGCACUUUGGAGGAGGUAGUUCACGUCGAGCUGGCAGGAAACUACGGACGGCACAGCGACAUAAAGCCGCAAAAUCUGCUUUGGUUUAGUGAUUACCAGGGCGACAAGAAAGAUCACUUGGUCAUCACUGAUCUUGGUCUUACCCAGUUCAACACGUCGCAGUCCAAGUCCCAUGCGUCAUGGGCUGGUAUCAAGGGUUAUACACAAACCUACAAAGCACCCGAGAGUGAAGUUAAUGAAGUGGUUAGAAGCAGAUACGACAUCCGGUCUCUUGGUUGUGUGUUUCUAGAACAUGCGUCUGUGUUUCUGAUGAGGGACGGCAGAUGUGUCGACGCUUUCUCAAAGAGCAGACUAGAGGAGGAUCAUCGUCGGAACAGAAAUGGAAAUUAUCAUGGGGAUACUUUUUACAACGUGAUCACUGAAGGGUAUUCUACAGACGAGUACACACCGGUUGGAAGCAGUGUCAAACGGGGGGAGGUUAAAGAGGCAGUUCUGAAAAUGAUUCGAGAUCUAAAAGACCAUCACUUAUGUGCUCCUUCGAUGCGUGGCUUCUUAGAUCUCAUAAGAAAAGGGAUGCUAGUACCAGAUCAGUCCGUUCGAUAUACUGCAGGGAAGGUCUUGAGAGCUCUCAGAGGGAUUCAGGUCCGUUGUGGACAGGAUCUCAGCUACAUUCCUUCAAGACAGUCUCAGAUCUUGGCAGGCAUCUCAGGAGGGCAAGAGGACAGCAGGGCCAGAGAUAACCCGUCUCUCACAGAGUCAACCGGAGAUGCCGGGGCUGCUGAUCCAGAAGCGUUUAAGAUGCUUCAUGAGCUGCGUCACAUGAGCAACGACAUCACUUUGUCCCCGGUUGAUCUACAACUCCAGAUACCACAGAUUCAGUUCGAUGGGUCUGUAGCAGGGCUUUUGCAGGAAUAUAGCGCUAUCAACGAUUUAAUCGAUGGAUUUAAGUCCCUUUCCAUCAAGGAAAAGACUCGACUGAUAUGGAUGAAAGCCCUCCCGGGCGACAUGAGUGUCACUCAAAUCUCAAUACCAGGCACUCAUAAUAGCCAUGCUAUUGAAUCCAAUGUUGUGGUAGCGUCAAACGGCAACGUGAACUUUGCCGCCCAUACAUUAUACAAUCCUGGGAUUGUUUCAAUUUUUUCCAUGUGGGAUCAACUUCAUUUUGGCGUCCGUUGCUUUGAUCUGCGGGUGCGCUCGUGGGAAAAGUUUGACAACGAAGGAGGUCGCUGGGCGUUUGGUCUUUGCCAUGGAAGUGCUAAGCUCAAGGAGAGUCUGACACAAGUUCUUGACGGGAUGGCAGAUUUCCUAAAGAAGUAUCCGAGCGAAACCCUGCUGAUUUCUAUCAAAUGGGAUGAGGAAAAUUUGGACGGCUCGAAAUCUGUUCCGACUACACCAGAUUGGAACCUCCGCUUCGGCGUAUCCGAGAUUUGGGAUAAACACAAAUGGUUCAAAGGAACACAUUGGCCUAAGCUUCACGAAGUAAGAGGUCGAGCCAUUCUACUACGUCGAUUUUGGAAUCCUGACAAUGAGUCUCUGGGCAUCAACUUCGACAAGCCAAGUUUCUUCGAUAACGCCCGCAGCGAUGGGCCUCAAGGCAAAUGGAAGCAAACGACAGACAUAAAACAAGGACCGAUGACCAUCGAGGACCGUUGGAAAUGUGCUCAAGUUAUGCUCAACGAAGCCAAGGAAGCUGACUUCAACGACGACGUUAUGUAUUUUGCGUCGACAUGCGAUGUCUGGUUGGAAUUUGGUGCUAAGACGCCAAUGUUUUGGGAUCCGAGCUACUAUGCAAAACAUCUAUAUCAACCCCUUGUCUCAUUCCUGACUGGAGAGUAUGGGUCGCAGAAGAAGGGUAGAUAUGGGGUAGUUGUUACUGACUUCUGCAAUCAGGCCAUUUCCCGACUCAUAUAUGAGCAAAACUUUAGCCGUUGA